AUGACUUCAUAUGAAGAGUGGCAUCCAUAUUGUCUAAGCAUCUGGAGAGCUAACAGGUCUUUUAAUUAUCUGCUCCGUAAAGUCGAACAUUCGACCACUCCCGACACCAAUACUCGAUCCACUAGUGAAUCGCGACCCAACCCACGACACCGCCGCCCCGACCUGUCGACUUUUUUUGCAACACUCAACGAAAUAAGCCAUAACCCAUCUGAACCGCGAACACGGCCCUAUGCCGUGCCUGUACCGGGCGACGUGAGCGCUGCGUUUCGUUCCCUUGCGGAGGCGCUCGAUGUGAUUCGGCGGGAGACAGAAAGCGGAGGCGAUGCGCCGCUCCCUGUGUAUGACGGGCGGGAGCCAGAGGGACUGGCAGAAGGCGCCGACGGAGGCUUAAUUGGCCAGAUGAUAAGGACGUUGCUGCAGGAUGCGGAAGCCCCUCCACGGGAAGUGGAAGGCGUUAGCGAGGUGUUUGUUGAUGAUGAUCCGUACCCGCUUGUCGUCCGUUUGCCUUGUCAUACAUCGCAUCUUUUCGAUCUCGAAUGUGUGAGACCUUGGCUCCGCUUGCGAGGCACAUGUCCCCUGGAUAGGUUUGAUUUUGGGCAGAAAGAGCGGGACAAGGAGCGAGAGAGAAUAGAGAGGAUGAUGAAGAGAGGAACAGCCACUGAGGACGAUCAAGAUGAAGAUUGGGAUGGCAUGUACGGGUAA